GAGAGAUGGCGCCUCGAACUCGAUCCUGCUCUCACUGAGGCAGUGUUUAGAGCCGGUUAGAGAGAUUCAGUAAGGGGCAGACAAAAGAAAAAAAAACAUGGUGAACACAAGGAAAAGCUCACGGACUAGGAGCGGUCCAUUCAUCUCGUCGAGGACUAGGUCGUCGUCGAGAAACGAGCGAAACUCUGAGGAACAUAAGGAACCCAGCAGUGAUGCGAGCAGUCCCAGCAGUCCACGGUUUGCACCGCCUUCCAAGCGCACACGGCGGCAGACUGCUUCUGAGCCAAGCUCCAGUGAUACCUCCCCGUCCCCUCAGACUAAGGGCCAGAGGGUCAGCUGGGGCAUUCCUACCUACUGCACAAGACUGUCGUCUCGCAUCAUGCAAAAUGGGCACGCCCAUAUGAGUCACCGGAAUGAGGAGAGCGGAGGGGGAGAUCACUCUCAUAUGAAUGGCCAUGUGGAGCUGAAGAGGAGCUGUCGGGUGAAGAAGAGCCAAUUUGAACACCUCAAUCAGAGCCUGCUGUUUGACCAGCUGGUCAACAGCACCGCGGAGGCUGUUCUUCAGGAGAUGGACAACAUCAGUAGCAUCAGGCAGAAUCGUGAGGUGGAGCGACUUCGCAUGUGGACCGGAGAAACUGAGGAGGAAAACAUGGACAUGUAUUCACGGGUGAAACGCAGGAAAUCCAUGCGCAGGAGUACUUUCAACAUACCUGCGCAUCACAAAGUCAUGGGCAAAACAGAGCAGGAGGAGGAAGAGGAGGAAGGAACUGAAGAAUCUCAUGGUGAGGAAGAGGAGGAAGAUGCAGAGGAUGAUGAUGACGAUGAUGAAGGAGAUGAAGCAGAGGAGGCAGGGGAGGAAAAUGACAGGCCGUACAAUCUGCGGCAGCGUAAGACAGUGCAGAGAUAUGAAGCACCGCCUAUUGAGCCAGUGAACAGAAAACAGAGCAACCCCUCACUUUUUGACACCCACAGAUCCCCAGCGAGGAGAAGCCAUAUAAGAGUGAAGAAACACGCCAUUCACAGCAGUGACACCACCUCAUCUUCUGAUGAAGAACGCUUUGAGCGCAGAAAAAGCAAGAGCAUGACUCGGGCCAGGAACAGGUGCUUGCCCAUGAAUCUGACGGCUGAAGACCUGGCUAGUGGGGUGCUGCGUGAUCGAGUUAAAGUGGGUGCAAGCUUGGCUGAUGUGGAUCCAAUGAACCUUGACCCUUCAGUAAGAUUUGACAAUGUGGGUGGUCUUAGUAAUCACAUACAGUCACUAAAGGAAAUGGUGGUAUUCCCUCUGCUGUAUCCUGAGAUCUUUGAGAAGUUCAAGAUUCAGCCUCCCAGAGGGUGUUUGUUCUAUGGCCCACCAGGCACAGGAAAGACCCUGGUUGCGCGAGCUCUUGCCAAUGAGUGCAGUCAUGGUGACAGGAAGGUUUCCUUCUUCAUGAGGAAAGGAGCCGACUGCCUCAGCAAGUGGGUUGGUGAAUCAGAACGGCAGCUACGCCUGCUCUUUGACCAGGCUUACCUUAUGAGGCCAUCCAUAAUUUUUUUUGAUGAGAUUGAUGGUUUGGCUCCUGUUCGCUCCAGCAAGCAAGACCAGAUACACAGUUCUAUUGUAUCAACUUUGCUGGCCUUGAUGGACGGCUUGGACAGUCGAGGGGAGAUAGUGGUCAUUGGUGCUACAAACAGACUUGACUCUAUCGACCCGGCACUCAGGAGGCCUGGACGCUUUGACCGGGAGUUUCUGUUCAGCCUGCCCGAUAAGAAGGCCAGAAAGCACAUUUUGGAGAUCCACACACGGGACUGGAAUCCCAAAUUGUCUGAGCCAUUUUUAGAUGAACUUGCAGAAAAAUGUGUCGGCUACUGCGGUGCUGACAUCAAAGCACUUUGCACAGAGGCAGCCUUGAUGGCGUUGCGCCGCCGCUAUCCCCAGAUCUAUGGCAGCAGCGUCAAACUGAAGCUGGACGUCGCCUCUAUCGUCCUGGGGCCUGGCGACUUCAGCAAAGCAAUGAGGACAAUUGUCCCAGCCUCCCAGAGGGCUUUGGCUCCCCCAGGCCGAGCCUUGUCCCCAACCCUCAGGCCCCUGCUGGCCACUUCUUUCUCCUUGGUGCUGAAAGCUCUGCUCCGAGUCUUCCCCCAUGCUCAGUGUACUGACAGGGACAACACACACGUGCUAGGCGGUGACAAUCAUCUGCUAGAAGAGGACCUGUAUAGCGACGAUGACAAUGAGGAAGGCUCUGCUUCCAUUUAUGAAGUCCAGCCUGCUGCAUCCCCAAAGAGUCAGCUCACCUCUUCUGCAAUGCACAGACCCUUCCUCCAUUUCUCCUCCUCUGCCCUCCAACAGCCCACAGCAUACAGGCCUCGUCUGCUCCUGGCAGGGGCCCCGGGCUCAGGACAGAGCUCCCACUUGGCCCCUGCCUUGCUGCACCACCUGGACAAGCUACCAGUACACCGCCUGGACUUGCCCACUCUCUACUCCGUUAGCGCCAAGACGCCAGAGGAGUCCUGUGCUCAGGUAUUCCGCGAGGCCCGCCGGAGCGUGCCCAGUGUAGUAUACAUGCCACAUAUCUCAGAGUGGUGGGACACAGUAAGUGAUACUGUGAAGAGCACCUUCCUCACCCUGCUGCAGGAUGUGCCCUCUUUCAGCCCUGUCCUUGUCCUCGCCACAGCUGAAACUCACUACUCAAAGCUGUCAGAUGAGGUGAGAAGUAUAUUCCAGAGGACCUAUGGGGAAGUAGUUGCACUGUCCCCUCCGGGAGAAGAGGAAAUACGGCACUUCUUCUCUGACCUCCUGUUGGUUCAAGCAGCCAGGCCUCCACCACGCCUCAGGAAUGCAGAUAAGUGUGAAGAGGUUCUGCCAGUGGCGGAGGCUCCAGGCCCGAGAGUCCUUUCAGCAGAGGAACAGCGUCGCCUGGCUGAACAGGAGGAGAACACAUUACGGGAGCUCAGGCUCUUUCUCAGGGACGUGACCAAGCGCCUGGCCACUGACAAACGUUUUAACAUCUUCAGCAAGCCAGUUGACAUUGAAGAGGUGUCAGACUACCUGGAGGUGAUUAGGCAGCCCAUGGACCUAUCCACUGUCAUGACAAAGAUUGACACCCACCAGUACUUGACAGCCAAGGACUUCUUGGUGGACAUUGACCUCAUCUGCAGUAAUGCUUUAGAAUACAAUCCCGACAAGGACCCUGGAGACAAGGUGAUCAGGCACAGAGCGUGCAGUUUAAAGGACACAGCCCAUGCCAUAUUCGCUGCUGAGCUGGACCCUGAGUUUGAUCGCAUGUGUGAAGAGAUUAAGGAGGCGCGCAGGAAGAGGGACCUUCUGACGCCGGCUCAGCUGUCAGCGGUUCCGGGUGCUGGUGCAACCAGGAAGCACCACAGUGCGGGAGAGGAGCAACCCAGGAGCAGCACUCAGGGUGAUGCCACUGAGAAACAUUGCACCACUAAUUAUGUAAAGCGGAAGGUUCGGAGGAGGCCAUCGUGGGGGCGGGGCAUCAUACGGAAAAAGAAGAACUACAAGAAAGGGACAGAGGAGGAAGAGGAGGAGCCUGAAGCAGAGGUGGAAGCGGCAGGGCCCAGCGACUCCUGUUUAACACAGGAUGAGGAAUCAUCUUGCGAUAUUACAGGUCCCCAACCCAAUGGCCAUCAUCCACAUGCCCCCUCCACAGAAGAAGAAAGCUCCAACGAACCCCCUGUUGCAGCUCCCGAUAAACCUCCAGAUGCUAGCGAAGCCAGAGAGGCGCCAAUGCCUAAGGUUGAGGAGCCGGCAGCUAAAGAAGCAGAGCCUGAGAUCACAGGGAAACACACCGAACCACAUUGCCUUGGUGGUAGUUCUCAGCCCAACACAGAUGGGGAUAGCGAGGCCAGUCGGGCUGACUUCCAGCCUUUGAUUGAAAUGUCGGUGUCUUCAGAUGCUGAGGACCAGCCUAAGCACACAGAGGUUCUCCUGGUUUCACAAGUGGACUGUGUGAAUGGAAAUGAGUCAAUGGACAGCCUUGACUUGCAGAGCCUCAAGGGGAGCAGUGAGGCAGAGACAAGGACUCCUCAGAGCACGGCUGAGGGCUCUAAUAGAGCUGAACAGGAUGAGCACAAAGACAAAAAUGAGAGCAAACCAACUCAGGAGCAGCAUCCUCAGGAUGGAGUGGCAGUAACGGAAACUGUUGAGGAAGAUCAUAACAAAGAAGUGGGGACAUUCAACAGUAGCUCAUCAGAGCAGUUGAAGGAGUCCGCUGAAAGGACCGAGGAAGAGCCACAAGCAGUACCUCCCCAUCCUCCAGUGGUAAUUGACCACCAGCGACUUUUGAUUCUACUGGAUAUGGUGGUGAAGAAGAGUGAGGGCUACAGCGUGGAGCAGCUGGAGCGACUGUACUCCCUACUCAGCCAGUGCAUCUACAAGCAUCGUAGAGAGUACGACAAGACCCAGCUACUCGAGGAGAUGGAGGAGAGAAUCCAGCGUUUUGAUACAUUCCUGUGAAAUGGAGAGAAAAUACCCAUCAGGUAGAUCCUGAACAGCCUGGGACCACAACAACAACAACACCACACACACAAAACUGAGUGAGCACGAGUGGAGGAGCUUCAGCCCUCAACACAAAAACACCACACAGGAAAAUCCAGCACCCUCCUCGUCGCUGGGAGGGAACAAAGCGAGGAUGAGGACAGAGACAUUCAAUGGUGCUAUCGUCUCAGGAACCUGGCCACAUCCAGACGCAUACUACACAACCAAACCCCUGGAGGUGUGUCAGCCACACUUAUAUACACACACACACAGACACGUGUGCACACAAACCGACAGUGGCGGGCAACACUGGUGCUACUCGGGUGCUAUCUAUCCUCAACUUUAUCCGUGCUGCUCUCGGGAAGAUUUCUUAAGUUUGGACAACUAGAAAAACCAACAGAUGGGGUGAUGUCAUAUCACAACGUGGCAGCGCAUACACUCCGAAACACUCGACACGAGUAUGCAUGCAUUUCUACAAACAGACACACUCACUCAGACCCUCACCAGCAGAAGUGUGACAGCAGAGUGCCGCCAGGAGACGAGGACGGGGAGCGAAUGGGCGACCCACGUCAGCGAGCCCUCCUGCCCUCGAGUGGAGCGCUUCAUCAUAGGCCAGUUGUUACCGCGCUAUUGUGCGACCUUUUUUGUUGUAGUUUUGUUUCCUCUUCUCUCUGCCCUUUUAGCUACUUGAUUAGUUCCAUGUCUGAGCCACAAUCACCCAGAAGAAUAGUUUACAAAGAAGUUUUUUACCGUAGACACAAACUCGAUGAGGUUAGCACAGCAGGACUAGAAUCAAUUAUGUCCUCUUCAUUAUGGCGGUCAUCAAGCGUGGAAAGCCGUUAGCCCCCUCAGCGCUGGUCUCAGAGUUACUGGUGAACAAGCGUAGCGUCGCCUCGGGGUCAUCUGUAAAAACCUCCUCACUCGAAACAUUCGCUGGCAGGCCACCUCUGGCGUUCACAGUCUUAGCGGAUUGUUAUGUCCUAAAUAGUUGUGCUAGCGCAAACCCCCGACUCCUCUUCACUAGAUUCACAGUAUGAAUGUUUUCCCUCCUGCUCCAGCAGCGCCCGCCAGUUGAUUUGUAUUUUUUCCCCCCUUUCUUUUGUUUUUUUUAACCCCCCUACCGACACACUCCUGCUGAGGAACUGGAAGCAGUACAAAUUGGAAGGCGUCUGUACUUUUUUGCACUGCCUAGCGUGUGCCUUAUUUCAAACCUCAUAUGAAAGUGGUAUAUUUAGCAGGAUGUUUGUUUUUACUACUCGUGACAAUGAACAGGCUCCCAAGUUGGGGAGGAGGGUGUUUACCACCGAGGUCACAGGGACCUUGAGGCAACGACGACUAAAAAUGAUUAUCUUACCGCCAUUAGAUCGAUUAAACAUAUCUACGUUAUUCACCUCUAGUUAAUUUUGAACUCUUUGGUCAAGAAAUAAGUGGAAACAGUGUUGUGGUCAAAUACAUCUCAGAUGAUGUUCAAAUAUUUAAAUUUAUUCAUGUUUCUGUAAUAAAACCUCAGACCAGUCGGUGAAGGUCAGUCUCCACCUGAGCAGGACAGCAGGUGGAAGGAGAGGUUGGUGACACCGGCCUUCA